AUGCGUAGUGCCUGGAAGGAAGACCUCCAGUCUUCCCCUGCCGAACUGGUGUACGGCGAAGCACUUCGUCUACCCGGUCAGUUCCUGUGCCCCAAGGACGACUUCCUCACAGCUGACGUCACCCAGUACGCGACUCGUCUUCGCGCGUGCAUGGCGAAGCUUGCUCCUCGUCCUACCACCUGGCACUCCACUUCGGCCUUCUACGUUCCGCGCGAUCUCCACACCUCUUCCCACGUCUUCGUUCGUCAAGAUCGCGUGAGAGGCGCCCUGGAGCCGCCAUACGCUGGCCCCUACAAGGUUCUCAGCCGACAACCUAAAUACUUCACCUUGGACGUCAACGCCAAGAAUGUCAAUGUCUCCAUUGACCGGCUCAAGGCAGCGUAUGAGUCUAAAGAAGUUCAGAAGACGGCUCAACCAGCCGAAGAAGACGUCGUGCGGACUUCCAGUGGUCGAAGAGUCCGGCUGCCCGAUUUUUAUCGACCGUAG